CUUACACUGAUUCCACUGGAUCUUCUCCCCCAGAAACUGGCUGGCAAUGAUAGGAUUUUCGCGAUGCGACACGCGUUGUUUAUUUGCCAUGGAGUCCAUCACAUGUCAAUGCGCACAUUUUUUGUUGGUUUAAACUUUGCGUCUACACUUACAGAGUUUCUGCUUAUAGUUUCAAAUAUGAGCUACCUAUAUUCAGCUGACGAUUUUGAUGCCAACAGCAACUUUAUCUCAACCGGCCGGUUUUUGGAUCCACUAGCUAGAGGUGAAGAUACGCCACCCGGUGAAGGUGGUAGACAUAUUCCCUUGAUUAACAAUAUCGACUGGAACAAUCCCUCAUUGUACACCAUGCCGCUUACCCAUGAUGAAAUUGCAGCUCUCACUCGCGACAUAGUGGCCACAAACCACCCCCUUCCAGAGUUGCCUCCCCCCACACAUGUUGCUGGCGCGAGCACCUCCUCUGCUCGCACGCCCUCACCUAAGCCCUCUGAAAUCCAUGAUCAAGGCCCAGUAAGUCCCACCCAGUCAGAGGUGUCGGACACCAGUCGAGAGGUGCCAGAGUUACUCCAACGCGAAGCAAACACGUCCACAUGGGCAGCACGAAACCCAACGCGAGCCACCAUCCGUCCUCGGACGCCGCCCCCUCGACUGACAGAUGCCCAGAAGGCGUCUCGUAAGAUCAAGAGGGACCAAACGACGGAGAAAAGGAAGCGCUUACAUAACACUGUCGCUGAAUACCUGGAGGAACAACGAGUGAAGAUCGAAGCGCUCUCACGAGCUCAUAGUGUGACUCCAAAGGUAAUCAAUGACAUCAUCGGGAGUCAGACACACUAUCGCAAUUCUCGCAAGAUGCAGGUGAAAAACGCGCUUGUUCACGCUAAGUCAAAGGAGAUGAACGCAGACCUACCUGUAGGGUCUCGAUAUUCGUUGGUGGAGCUCCGCGAAAUGGUCGCAAGUGACCCCAAGAUGAAAGACUUGACGAGGGAACAAGAGGCCGCCUACAUUUCAGCACUCGACGAGCAUCAUGAAAAAAAGUCGGUUGGUGUUCAGUCAAACAAUAUAGCAGCUGCGUGUGAUGUUGUAGCUAUGAUGGAUAGGAUUGUCAAAGAGCUGGACGACCUGCGAGUUCGGACUGGCGUCUAUGCAACGUUAUUUGUUGUUCGCAGUCACAUUAACGACACAGUUCAAAGUGCGAUGCAUGGGACCGAUAACUCAGAAGACUUCUGGGAGGACGUAUACGAGCAUCCUAUGGCUGAUUUCCUCAGGCAAUAUGAGCAAUGGGCGUGCACCCAGAAUCGAAAUCUUAACGAACGGGACUCUUUGGAAAUGGUACGGAAGCAGGUACAUAAAAUGAUCAUCUGUGGUCUUGUCGAGGUGACCGGAAAAAAAGAUAUCGGCAUGAAUUACCAUAACUAUGAAACAGCCAUCGUCGAGACAUACGGUGUAUGCCUGGUGGGGUGGCCCCACGGUCUUAAUUUCGGGACUGUGGGCGACAUUCGCAAGCUGCGAGAUGCACUGAAGGCGCGAACGUGCUACUGGACUGUUCUCUCACUGGCGGAAAUCAAAGCUCACACUGCCGAACUCGAAGCGCGCUGUUCAGCUGGAGAUGUUGUUCGCAAGCCGCGAAAAAAGUGUUCGGACGCUGGGGUACCUUGGAAACGUAAAGCUGCAACUAGCGCAGGUCCUAGUAAGGAGAACCAACGGACGUUGAAAAGAGCAAAAAGGAAUUCUGCCCAGCUUCCUCGAGGUCCAAAAAGUGCUGAGUUUGUCCAGUCAUCUGAUGAAGGGGGUGACAACGACUAGUAGUAGUUUGUAUUACCUUAGUCUAGUCUACAGACCAAUACAACUCAGUCACGCAUC